AUGAAUUCUAAAGAAAAUCUUAAAAAUUUAUGGAAGGGAUACAGUUUUGAAUACCAGGUCCAUGUCAUUACAAAUUCUACUAUAGAUUCUACUACUGAAUUAAUAGAAGAGUCAAAUAGAAAAGUAGUUUAUAUGAAUGACUUAGAAAGCAGAAAACAAGCAUAUGGAAUAUGCGGAGAAUGUAAUGAACCCGGUACAGGAAGUAAUUGGUGUCAGCCUUGUAAUGCUAAAAGAUUUAAGGAUAACUUUAAGAAUUGGACUAGUGGAAGUAAAGAUAUUGAUGAAUUUAUACAACAAUCACAACUUAAUGCUGUGCACUAUAGAAAAUAUCUUGAAUGGAUUCCUUUUGAAAAUUUUAAAGAUAUUACUUUUAUUACCAAAGGUGGAUUUGGUAAAAUUUAUUCAGCUAAAUGGCCUGAAGGAUAUAUUGAUUCUUGGGAUAUUGUAAAUCAAAAAUGGAAAAGGAGUAAUAAUAAGAAAGUUGCAUUAAAAAGUUUGGAUAAUUCUUCUUAUUGUUUAAGUACAGAAUUUUUAAAUGAGAUUAGAUCUCAUCUUCAGAUUUAUCUUUUGGAUGUUAUUCAAUGUUAUGGAAUAACUCAAGAUUCAAUUACUAAAGAUUAUAUGAUGGUUUUAAAAUAUUGUGAAGAUGGAAAUUUGAGAAAUUAUUAUAUGAACAAUAAAAAAAGUUAUUAUUCGAAAAUUGAUACAUUACAACAAAUUGCAAGAGGGCUUUUAGAUAUUCAUAAUGCUGGAAAAGUUCAUAAAGAUUUUCAUUCAGGCAAUAUAUUAUAUCAUGAUAAUCCAUAUAUAAGUGAUUUAGGAAUGUGCCAACCAGCAAAUAAUGAAAAUCAAUCAGCUAAACAGGAAGGGAUUUUUGGAGUAUUACCUUAUAUGGCACCAGAAGUUUUACGUGGAUAUCAAUAUACAAAAGCAUCUGAUAUUUAUUCAUUUGGAAUAAUGAUGAAUGAAUAUAUAUCUGAAGAAACUCCUUAUAAUGAUAUUCCUCAUGAUCAUGCUUUAUCUAUUAAACAAUGUAAAGGACUUAGACCAAAUAUUUUUAAAUAUACACCAAAAUUACUUGCAGAUUUGAUUACUAAAUGUUGGGAUGCUAAAGCAGAAAAUAGACCAACUGCUAAGGAAUUGUAUCAAGAACUUAAAAAAUUAGAUGAUAAAAUUUAUGAUCCUAGUGAUAUUAAAUCUAUUAAAUCUCAAAUAUAUGAAUAUGAUGAUAAAAUAAAAUUAAACAGAACAAGUGAAAAAAGAACUAAAAAUUUUCAAACACAUCCACAAGCAAUCUAUACAAGUAGACUUUUAAACUUCAAAAAUCUUCCAGAACCAGUAAAUUCAGAUGAAUCAGAUCUUAAUGAAAUGAAUCUAGAUGAUGAAAAUAAUAUUGAAUGAAGUUUUCUUUUUGAAUCAG